CGGUAGCGGAAGUCGUUGUUUCGCCACUCAAAGCUCUUGCAGCUGGUCGCUCCAGCCUCCUGGGACUUUGACUCGCCUGACCGCGGAGCUCCUGACCAGGGGUGUCCGCGGAUGCCGCUCGGACGUUUUCUACGAGGAGCUUAAACCCGCCCCGCUGCCGCCCGGAUGGGACCGCCGGAGUGCUAGUCUUUGACAGCAAGUGUUUUAAUCUCUGCCACACAUGGAGACAUCUUUAUCUCAACAGUGGUACAGCUAAAGUCUGCAGUGAAUAUUGAAUCCUGAGGAAUUUGGGGAAAGACAUUCCAUGGAUCCCUUGGGUGCACCUUCCCAGUUUGUGGACGUGGACACACUACCAAGCUGGGGCGACUCAUGGGAAGAUGAAUUAAAUACUUCUAAUACUGCAGCUGAAACGUUUCAGGAAGACACUAUUAGAUCACCUUUUCUUUACAAUAAGGAUAUCAAUGGGAAAGUGAUUCUUUGGAAAGGAGAUGUGGCAUUACUGAACUGUACAGCCAUUGUGAAUACCAGCAAUGAAAAUCUUACAGAUAAGAACCCUGUGUCAGACAGUAUCUUCAUGCUCGCAGGACCUGAUUUGAAGGAGGACCUCCAGAAACUUAAGGGUUGCCGGACAGGUGAAGCAAAACUGACAAAAGGAUUUAAUCUAGCUGCCCGGUUCAUCAUUCAUACAGUGGGACCUAAAUACAAGAGCCGCUAUCGCACAGCCGCUGAGAGUUCCCUGUACAGCUGCUACAGAAACGUGCUUCAGUUGGCCAAAGAGCAAUCAAUGUCUUCUGUGGGAUUCUGUGCCAUCAAUUCUGCAAAACGAGGUUACCCUUUAGAGGAUGCCACACACAUAGCGCUUCGCACUGUAAGGAGAUUCCUAGAAAUUCAUGGAGAGACCAUUGAAAAAGUAGUAUUUGCUGUCUCUGAACUAGAAGAGGCUACUUACCAAAAGCUGCUACCUCUGUACUUCCCAAGGUCACUAAAGGAGGAAUACCGAUCAUUGCCAUACCUACCUGCAGAUAUUGGAAAUGCAGAAGGGGAGCCUGUGGUACCUGAACGACAGAUUAGAAUAUGUGAAAAACCUGGUGCCCCGGAAGACAACCAAGAAGAGGAAGCUGAAGGCUUGGGAGUUGACCUCUCUUUCAUCGGCUCUCAUGCUUUUGCUCGAAUGGAAGGAGAUAUUGACAAGCAAAGACGACUGAUCCUUCAGGGACAGUUAUCAGAGGCAGCCCUGCAGAAGCAGCAUCAAAGAAAUUACAAUCGCUGGUUAUGUCAAGCAAGAUCUGAGGAUCUAUCUGAUAUUGCUUCUCUAAAAGCCUUAUACCAAACAGGUGUUGAUAACUGUGGUCGCACAGUGAUGGUGGUAGUUGGAAGAAACAUUCCUGUCACAUUAAUAGAUAUGGACAAGGCUCUCUUAUAUUUUAUCCAUGUAAUGGAUCACAUUGCUGUGAAAGAAUAUGUAUUAGUGUAUUUUCACACACUGACCAGCGAAUACAAUCACCUGGACUCUGACUUCCUGAAGAAGCUCUACGAUGUUGUUGAUGUCAAAUACAAGAGGAAUUUGAAGGCUGUUUAUUUUGUUCAUCCAACAUUUCGUUCAAAGGUAUCAACAUGGUUUUUUACCACCUUUUCUGUCUCAGGACUGAAGGACAAAAUCCACCAUGUGGACAGCCUCCACCAGCUAUUCUCUGCCAUAUCACCAGAACAGAUUGACUUUCCUCCUUUUGUCCUUGAAUAUGAUGCCAGGGAAAAUGGGCCUUACUAUACGUCUUAUCCCCCAUCACCAGAUUUGUGACCUGCCAUCUUUUAGUGCUACUGGUUUCCAAGGACAUCACUUUCUCCACGAAUCGCUACCUAUUGAAGUGAAAUUCAUUUUUGCUGUUCAGAUCCAGAGAGCCUUUUGUCCCCACCUCUCUGGUAUUUUUUUAUUGACUGUAUAUUUUCUGGCACAUAAGCAAUCUGACAAUGGUAGGCCAUUCUGAACUGCACACUUAUUUUAAAUUUGUAUAUUUGUAUCAAAAGAAAAUGUUCAUUUUUAGAGGGUUGUUGAUAGAAAUUGGGGAGCAACUUUUGAGUAUCUUCAGUUUCCUGAAAGGACACUGGAUUUCCCAUUAGACAAGCCACCAGUAUUGUUCACGCCGUUUCUUUAACGUUGCACACUUCCUUUGUGUACUUAAGUGUUUCUCAAAAUAUAUAGAACCAGUGUAUGCUGA